AUGUCGUCACCAUUGAAGAGCAUCAAGAGCUGUCGAGGAGCGGCCACGCCCAGCGGGCUAUUCUUGUCUGACAAUGGCACCCUGUUGGCCCCAUCCACGUCUCGCAGCACGAUCCUGUUCAAGUUUUUACACUGGUUUGUUGGUGCGCUCUUGUUGUUGGCCGUCGUAUCGCCUGCCGGAUAUCACGUUCAGGCGAUAUAUCGUAAGAACCUGGCGGUGUACUUCACUCCAUGGUUCAACAUCGAUCCCAAAGACAAGGCCCGCUACGCUCCUGGCAAGGAGAUGCUCCCUGUAGCCUAUUUUUUCCUGUUUUUCAUCCUCCCGGUCGUCGUGGCUGCCCUUGUCUUCAACUUGACCAAGCCUCUGUACCGCGGCUCGUCCUUCCGAUUCCUGCACAUCGAGCCGCGCUGGUUGUGCUGCCAGAUCAGCUAUGGGGAGCUGGCUUUCCUUGGCGUGGUGCUGGGAGGGAACAUCAUCGUUUUUUACCAAUCGUAUCUGCUCCAAAUUGGCUUUGACAAACCGACUAUAACCUGCAUUGCCAUCGCGUUGGGCUUCAGUGGGCUCUACAACAUGGUCUUCAUGGCGUUGCCGGCGACGCGCCACUGUUUCUGGAUGGAAUGGCUCAACUUGCCUUGGGCUCGUGGGGUCAAGUAUCAUCGCUGGCUUGGUGUCUUGACCAUCGUCAGCUUUGUCCUUCACUUUGCCUUUUUCAUUGUCCAAUACGCUAUCACGGACACGUUGGCCGAAGAACUGUUGCCGUGCUUUGAUUGCGAUAUUGCCACCGACGGCAAGUACGCUUGGUUCAACGUGUUUGGCGAGUUGUCGCUGCUAUUCAUGCUCAUCAUGGGGGCCACGUCCAUCCCGUACGUCCGCCGUCAUUACUACGCGACCUUCAAGGCCACCCACUGGCUGUUCAUCCCCGCGGCCUUCACUGCGGUGAUGCACUACGAGCAAAUCAUCAUUUGGAUCUACGUGUCCAUGGUGCUGUAUAUUGUCAACCGCAUGUACUCGAGCUCGACGGUGGCGUACCCCGCGGCCCUCGAGACCGCGACGGCGCUGCCUGGCCAAAUCGUCCAACUCACGUUCAAAUGCUCGACGACGUACCUCCCAGCGGACCUUGUGUACGUCAAAGUGCCUGCGAUCUCCACGGUGCAGUGGCAUCCGUUCAGCAUCGCCUCGACGCCUCUGCACACCCCCGGCCUCUUGACCAUCUACGUCAAGGCUUUGGGUCAUUGGACUAAUCAGCUCCACGACUACGUCAAGCAGUGCGAAGGUGAGGGCGUCCAGCCCGUCGUGUACAUGGACGCUGGCUAUACGCCCCCGCCCCCCAUGUCUUCGUCGUACUCGAGCGUCGUUUUCGUCGGUGGGGGGAUUGGUGUCACUCCUCUCAUGGCUCAAAUCAUGCACUUGCUGCACGCACGCCCCCACCAGGACGUGUACCUUGUGUGGCAUGUCAGGACUGUGGAGAUGUUGAGUCAGUUCCACGGAUGGUUGCGCGAGUUGGAGGACGUGGCUGAAGCCAACCACGGCCGCUUGCACUUGCACCUCCACGUGACACAAAAAGGGCGGACCGACAUUGCCGUGGGCCCUGCAGCAGACGCCGACCGCAUCGCCCCCUCGUUUGAUUUGACCCGAUUCCGAGCCCCCCCUCGUCCGUACGCGCACUUGUCCACGGUGCGCAAGCUGGGCGUCCUGCUGCUGGCGUUUCUGUGCAGUGGCACGCUGCUCGUGUACGUUCGGUUUGGUCAAAAGUUUACGAAACUGUUGGGGCCCGAGUACUGGCCCCUGCAACGCUUCAUGGAGUUUCUGGUCGUGGUCGUGGGCUCGUACUGUGCGUAUGGCGUGGCUGUCGUUGGUCAUGCGAGUGAGCCAACUGAGGGAUGCGAAAUUGACCUCCGCCAGCCUCAACGACGAGAGGUCCGACCGGGCGACCUGCUGCAGCACUUUGCAGUGAAGUACGAACGAGCCAACUGGAACCAGUUGUUCCACGACAUCCAAGUCGACAAAUUCGGCUUUCCGCCAAACUCCGUGGGGGUGUACGUGUCUGGUCCCAACGCACUGGCUAAGGCCAUCCGAGACGUGACGAAUCACCACACACUGUUCGAUGUGCAUGUCGAAGAGUUUGAAAUGUAGUUAUACAAAUCUACACUCAAGUUGUUAAGUCAAGUAAUGUUCAAGUUAUACAAAUGUGUAU